UUAAAUUCUUGUUAUAUCUGUCAUGAUGCAGUAUGUGAUGAUCGUGUUGAAGGGAUCUGUUCCAAUAGCGUUUGGCGGGACAGAGCAACCUGCAGCGUAUGGAGAGUUGGUGUCUAUUGGAGGACUUAACCCAGAUGUUAACAAGAAGCUGAGUGCUGCUAUUGCCAACAUACUUGAGACUAAGUUGUCUGUACCCAAAUCGCGACUCUACCUCAAAUUCUAUGAUACUAAGGCUCAUCAGAGUCAAGAAUAUGCACAAUGUCUUCAUGCCUUGCACCAAUUCUAAAUCAUGUAAACGAACUUUCACCGUUUAGAUAGAUGAUUAUUACU